AUGUUGCGAAAGGCUGAGACAACUGGUUUGUUUCAAGGUUUACGUAUAUCUAGAUGUGCUCCUUCAGUCUCCCAUUUGUUCUUUGCAGAUGAUGCGUUACUUUUCUUUCGGGUGACUCCUGAUGCUUGUUCGCAGCUCUUGGGAGUGAUUGAUCGUUUUUGUACUGUUUCUGGUCAGAUGGUUAAUGUUCAAAAAUCUUUCGUUAAGUUUAGCUCCAAUACUCCGGAAGAUUACCGUGACUUCUUAAGAUCUGCUUUGCAAAUGCAAGCUAAGUCUUCGAUUGACACUUACUUGGGUCUCUCGGUGGAUUUAGGUCGAGCUAAGUGUCAAAAGUUUCAACCUUUGGUCGAUAAAGUGAUGCAAAAGUUGUCUGCGUUUAGCUCUCCUAGAUUUUGGUGGAAGUCUAAUAAGUCUUCUAGAGGUCUGGCCUUGACUUCUUCUGCUUCUCUCCAUCUUCCUCGAGGUUUAGGGGGUUUGGGAAUUCGACAUAUACCCUCUUUUAAUUCUGCUUUGCUUGCUAAGCAAAUGUGGCGUUUAAUGCAUCAUCCACAGCUUUUAGUUUCGAGGAUUUACCGUGCUCGGUAUCCUCAUGUCAUAGGCUAUAAAACUACUACUUCUCCUUCCCGUCCUUCUUGGGGUUGUCGAAGUUUGUUAUAUGGAGCCCGCACUCUCUCUCAGGGGGGGUAA